AUGUCAUCAUGGGAGCUGCAGCUUUUAGAGGUGCUUGAGCAGUUCUCCCUUGGGCACCUGCUGGGCCGCUUCAUGGACGCUGGUAUGUCGUGUGACGACUUCCUGUCGCUGCACCUUGACCAGUACAGCAGCUGCGGCGUCACAGACGACGAGGAGAAGAUCAACCUCUACCAGGCGAUACAGCACAUGCGGCGUGAGAUGCAGUAUCAUAAGCCGUCGCUCCGAGAGGACUCGCCGCUGCUGCUGUCGACAACGACAACAGCGGCCGACACGACAGCAGCAGCGGCAGCGGCGGCGGCGGCGGGAGGGGACGUGGAGGAGCUCUCCGAUGGGAAGGAUAGCAAGGAGCAGCACUACACAGCACGUGGUACGACGGUGCUGAUGCAGUCCGCCGACAGCCGCGAGAUUAAGCGGCGGAAGAGCCGCAUCGUCGUGGCGGUGCGGAAGCGGCCGCUCAGUCUCACGGAGGCGCAGCGCGGCUUCGCAGACGUUAUGACGACCAACGACUGUGACGAGCUCGUGCUGGCGGAGCCGCGGCAGAAAGUGGAUCUCACCAAGUACACCCAUACGCAUCGCUUCUUCUUUGAUGAAGUCUUCGCGGAGACAAGCAACAACGCCGAUGUAUACCGACGCACAGCAGCUGCGUUGAUUGAGACUGUGUUCGAGGGUGGCUGUGCCACCUGCUUCGCGUAUGGGCAGACGGGGAGCGGCAAGACGCACACCAUGUUGGGUAGCGGCAACGAGCCCGGCAUCUACGCCCUCGCCGCGGAGGACAUGUUUGCACGCAUUAAUAGCGACAAGGACCUCUACGUGUCCUUCUACGAGAUCUACAGUGGGAAGCUGUACGACCUGCUCAACGGCCGGCAGUCGCUGCGCUGCAUGGAGGACGGCAAACAGAACGUCAACAUCUGCGGCUUAACGGAGCACCGUCAGCGGGAUGUGCGCAGCAUCAUGCAACUGAUUGAGGACGGUAACCGCAUCCGUAGCAGCGGCACGACCGGCGCGAACGACACGAGUUCGCGCUCUCACGCCAUACUUGAGAUCAAGGUGCGCACGCGUGAGGAGAAGAAGUUGAUUGGCAAGUUCACCUUCAUUGAUCUUGCUGGAAGCGAGCGGGGUGCCGACACCAUGGACUGCGACCGUCAGACGCGUAUUGAGGGGGCGCAGAUCAACAAGAGUCUGCUGGCGCUGAAGGAGUGCAUCCGCUCGCUCGAUCUUAACCGCCGUCAUGUGCCUUUCCGUGGCUCCAAGCUGACGGAGGUGCUGCGCGACUCGUUUGUGGGCAACUGCCGCACCGUAAUGAUUGGCGCGGUGUCGCCGUCGAGCAACAACUGCGAGCAUACGCUCAACACACUGCGCUACGCGGACCGGGUGAAGGAGCUCAAGAAGAGCCACGGCGAGCGGCGGCCCAUUGAAGAGAAUGAACAGUCAGAGUUCCUCUUCGAAAAGCGGCCGCCAAUGCCGUCCGCGCGACCCUCCGUGUGCGGCCGCCUCUCCGCGCCGCCACUCAGUUCUGUGAACAUCCAGAGCGCAUUCGGCGACAUCAACAAGACCAACAACAGCAGCAGCAGCAGCAGCAACCACAACAACAGCAAUCAGAACAAGAAGUCAAAUGGAAAGGGUGCGGCGGCAGCGGCGGGUGGGCGGCGUUCGGGCAUGAUCCGAUCGAGCGGGGUGUUCACCACCAAGGCCCCGGAGUGCCCGAGCACCGAGAGCAGCAACUACAAGCGGUCCCGCGAGAACGACGAGCAGCGGGAGGAGCCGGCGCGCAAGAGCGUCGACCUCGACCUCGGUGUUCGCUACGACAAGGUAGUCGAUGAAAUUGUCAAGCUUGAGCACGCGUGUGUGCAGGCGCACCGCCAGUAUCUUGACGAAGAUAUGAGUCUCAUUAAGGAGGAGUUCUCGCAGAUAAUGGCAGUGGAAAUGCCCAACUCUAACAUUGAGACGUACGCAAACACUGUUCUCGGCCUUCUCUCAGGGAAGCUGAAGGCUAUUCAUCACUUUCAAGGACAGAUGCUGCGUUUGCGAAGUCUGCUAGACGAAGAGGAGGCUCUUUCUCGCCAUCUCGAAGAGGCUGGGAAGUAG